UACAAAAAUAAAUUAUUCUGAUCGCACGUGCAGAAGAAGCUGUCGAUUAAAAACAAUUUCAAUAAACCACAAGUUUUAGUUUAUUUUAACGAAUAAAAUACUAAAAAUAAUAUUUCCCCAAAAUGGUUAAAAAGAAGAUUGACAAUCGUAUUCGUGUUAUGAUCGAAAAUGGUGUUAAACUCGGUCACCGGACAAUGUUUAUUAUCAUUGGCGACAAAGCCAGAGAUCAGGUUCCUAUUUUGUAUGAUAUCCUUACAAAAUCAACAGUCAAAACCCGACCCACCGUACUUUGGUGUUAUAAAAACAAAGACGAAGCUAUCUCAAAUCAUGGAAAAAAAAGAGCUAAGAAAAUUGCUGCUGGUAAAAUAGAUGUUAACGAUGCCGAUCUUUUCGAUACCUUUAGAGUGUCUACCACAAUUCAUGGGCGAUACUAUAAUGAGACUCAUGCUGUUCUUGGUCGAACUUAUGGUGUUUGUGUGCUUCAGGAUUUCGAAGCCCUCACUCCUAAUCUACUCGCUCGAACUGUGGAAACAGUCGAAGGAGGUGGACUAAUCAUUUUACUGUUGAAGUCUUUAUCCUCUCUGAAACAACUCUACACAAUGAGUAUGGAUGUACACAAAAGGUACAGAACAGAAGCUCAUCAGACAAUAACUUGUCGAUUCAAUGAACGUUUGAUUCUUUCACUGGCCGAUUGUAAGCGGUGUUUGGUGGUCAAUGACGAUCUCACUGUACUGCCUCUUAGUUCAAAAACUAUCAAUGUUGACCCGGUUAAUCCAGCUGUAAUUGGUAAAUCAGAAAAUGAUGAAAUGCUUCAGGACCUAAAAGAGAAUCUUCGGGAUACUCCACCAGCAGGACCUUUGGUCAACCUCUGCCGAACUUAUGACCAAGCAAAAGCUGUUGCUCAGUUUAUUGAAGCUCUCGCAGAGAAACAACUUAAACCUCCAACAUCUCUGACUGCAGCUCGUGGUCGUGGUAAAUCAGCUGCAAUGGGUCUAUCAAUUGCUGCAGCUAUUUCUUUUGGUUAUGUCAAUGUCUACGUGACAUCUCCUCACCCAGAGAAUUUGAUUACUCUCUUUGAAUUUGUCCUUAAAGGCUUCGAUGCCUUAGAGUAUCAAGAACACUCCGACUACACCAUCAUUCGAUCAACAAAUGAGGAUUACAAAAAGGCAAUAAUUCGCAUUAACAUCAAUCGACAGAAUAGACAAACAAUUCAAUAUAUUUCACCCAAUGACACCCACCUUCUCAAUGCUGCAGAUCUUUUGUUGAUUGACGAAGCUGCUGCUAUCCCAUUGCCACUUGUCAAGAAGAUGAUUGGACCCUAUCUUAUUUUUAUGGCCUCGACCAUUAACGGUUAUGAAGGAACUGGAAGAUCAUUGAGCUUGAAAUUGAUUUCACAAUUGCAAAAGGAAAGCAAUGCUCCACCACCGAUAAAAUUGGAAGAAUCCAUUCGUUAUCGUGAAGGAGAUGACAUCGAAAGUUGGCUCAUCAAUCUCCUGUGUCUCGAUGCAACCACGGUUCCUAACAUAAGCUCUGGCUGUCCAACUCCUGAUGUCUGUGAAUUGUACUACAUCGAUCGUGAUGCCCUAUUCUCAUACCACAAAGCAGCCGAGUCGUUCCUCCAUCGAGUGAUAUCCAUUUACGUGGCAUCGCAUUACAAAAACAGUCCAAAUGACCUACAAAUGAUAAGCGACGCCCCAGCUCAUCACUUGUUCUGUUUGUUGGGUCCGAUUCAGAGGAAAGAUCAACUGCCCGAGAUCUUGGUUGUCGUUCAAGUGGCGUUGGAAGGCGAGAUAUCAUCCCAAACAAUAACCAGCUCGUUGGGUAGGGGCAAGAAAGCAAGUGGUGAUUUAAUACCAUGGAAUAUAUCGGAACAGUUUGGUGACCAUGAGUUCCCCAAACUAUCUGGACUACGAAUUGUUCGCAUUGCAACGCAUCCUAAUUAUCAGAGAAUGGGCUAUGGUAAGAGGGCGAUAAAACUUCUUAAGGACUACUAUGAUCUCAAGUUCACUGAUUUGAACGAGAAUGUAAAUGGAGAUGAAAAUGGAGGUAUCGAAGAAGUAGACGAAGAUGACGUUGGCCUACUUAAGGAAACAAUUGCUCCACGUCGAAAGAUUCCAACUCUGCUAAAACGUCUCAACGAACGUGCUCCAGAAAAUAUUGAUUAUAUUGGAACAUCUUACGGCUUGACGAAAGAUCUUCUUAAAUUUUGGAAGAAUCAAGGCUUUGUUCCGGUCUAUGUGAGCCAAAAGGCGAAUGAUCUUACUGGCGAACAUUCUUGCAUAAUGUUACAGACCCUGCACAAGGAAGGAAUCAGAGAAAAGGCAACCGGCGAGUGGUUGUCUUUGUAUUUCAACGAUUUCCGUCGGAGAGUUAUCAAAUUGUUGGGACGUGUUUUUAAAGAUUUCCCAACAAGUUUAGCUCUCUCCUUGUUGGACAAUAGAUCAGUGAAAGUCGAAACGACAGAGUUGGACAAAGAGACUCUGGAUGUGUAUUUCCUGCCACACGAUAUUCAAAGACUGGAAGCAUAUUCUAGGAAUCAAGUUGAAUUCAGACUUAUUUUGGACUUAGUAACCGAUAUAAGUUCUUUAUUCUUCCAGGGACGAAUUCAAGGAUUCCAAGCUGAUUCCUUGCAAAAGGCAAUUCUUCUUGCAAUGGGAGUUCAAGGUAAGAGUGUGGAUGCAAUCGCAGCCGAGUUGAAUAUGCCUUCAAGUCAAAUCCUGGCAAAAUUCUAUGAUAUGAUGAAAAAGACGACAAAAUACUUUGCCAAUGUUAUAGAAGGCCAUAUCGAGAGCUCUAUGGUUAGCGAGAAACGACUUAAUCACGGUGAAGACUUUGUUCCCAUUUCACUCUCACUAAACGACGAACUUGAAGAAACUGCAAAGCUUUUAUCCAAACAACAAAAAGAAGAAUUAAAGAAACUUAAAAAGGAAAGCCUUCAAGAUUUUGUUAUCAAAGGAACAGAUGAAGAUUGGUCAAAGGCACUCUCUUCAGUUGGAGCUAGUAAAUCAAAACUUAUUUCUGUAAAAAGCGGAGUAAAAAGGCUGGAUGAACCAAUUGUGACGGAAGACACACCAUCGAAAAAGAAGAUGAAAUUUGGUAAAAAGAAGAAACAUGCUGGGAAGUCUAUUGUUUAGCAAAUUUGUCUCUAAUUAUUUUGUAAAAAUCGUUAAGAAUUUGAAAUAUAGACGUUUUUAUUUUUUACACAACA